AUGGGUGUAAUCAUCCGCACGUUUGUUGGUUUCGACGGUAUAGAUGAAACGUUGGAAGUUCUGUUGCUCGACGAGAAGGGUGAUCGGAUCCAAGCUUCCUUGAAGAAGGAGUUCGAUGUUCCUGUUAUCUGUUAUCCCUACCCCAAUGCAGCCUCUCUUUUUGCGAAAAGGAAGUUUCCACAUGGAAGAUCUGAUUACAAGUACAAUUUUGCAUCGUUUGAGGAUAUCAAAACUGGUAUCGUGGAUCCUGCCUUUAGCGUGGUGGUGAUACAGAGGUUGCACGCAGAGGAUAUUGUUUGUCGUUUGAUGGACUAUACAGUAACGACUGAUAUAUGCGUCGUGAGGUUUGCGAGAGUUAGGAAAUCAAAUCGAGUCUGGUCGGCUCAUGCGGUACAUCUGUACUCACAUGUGACACUGGAUCCUAACGUGCGCAAGGUUAAUGAAUUCCGACGUCUAAUAGCCGAAAGCGACAAACAGUGUACCAAGGCCAUCGACUAA